UCCAUGGACUAGCCGAGGCAGCGCAGGGACCCCGGGUACGCCGACCGCCGCCUCGCCCUCCGCCCAGCUCGGCGCGACGUAGCGAGCAGGCUGCUGCCCCCGACGCUGUGCCAUAGAAGAUGCACUAUUACCGAUAUUCUAAUGCAGAAGUCAGCUGUUGGUACAAAUACUUGCUCUUCAGUUACAACAUUGUCUUUUGGCUAGCUGGGGUGGCCUUCCUUGCAGCUGGUCUGUGGGCAUGGAGUGAAAAGGGUGUACUGUCUGAUCUGACAAAGGUGACUGGUCUUCAUGGUCUGGACCCAGUGGUGCUUGUCUUACUGGUGGGAAUAGUGAUGUUUACUUUGGGAUUUGCUGGUUGUGUAGGAGCACUGAGAGAAAACAUCUGCCUUCUGAAAUUUUUCUGUGGAGCAAUUGUGUUUAUAUUCCUGUUGGAGCUGGCAGUAGCAGUUAUGGCUUUCCUAUUCCAGGACUGGGUGAGGGACAGGGUAAAGGAGUUCUUUGAGAAUAAUAUUAAAUCCUACCGAGAUGAUAUUGACCUCCAGAACAUCAUUGAUUCACUACAGAGAAUCAACCACUGCUGCGGUGCCCAAGGUCCUGAAGACUGGGACUUUAACAUAUACUUUAACUGCAAUAGUGAAAGCAAAAGUCGUGAGAAGUGUGGAGUUCCUUUUUCCUGUUGUAUACCUGAUCCUGCUCAAAAAGUUGUGAACACACAGUGUGGCUAUGAUAUCAGAAAGAAGAGCAAGAAUCAAUGGGAGGAUCAGAUUUUUGUCAAAGGAUGUAUUCAUGCUCUUGAAGCUUGGCUACCCCGAAAUAUCUACAUUGUUGCAGGUGUCUUCAUAGCUAUCUCACUGCUCCAGAUCUUUGGGAUUUUCCUAGCCAGGUCAUUGAUCUCCGAUAUUGAAGCUGUAAAGGCAAGUAAUGCCUUCUGAAUAUAAAAGCAGACACAUGUUGCAAACCAGUAUAUUUUACGAUUAUUGAUUGGACACCAAGGUGGAAGAAAUGCACGGACCGUGAAAUACUCCUGUUAUUACAAGCCUUAUGUGGAUUUUGCCCUGCUCAUGCUUUUUGUUAGAAGCUGGUACAAAAGACAUCUCCAAACCUGUCUACCUUUUUUCUAACAAGACCAACUCAGUGCACCAGUGUUGAUCUCUGAGGAAGAAAUGGAAUUUCCCAACACACUGGCAGAACAGAUUUUAAGGACUGUAGCAGGAAGACAUAAAAUUGCUGUAAACUUUCCCUGAAGGAUUGCUAUGAAAAUUGUUCUGUCUUCACUCUUAACUGUCGUCUGUCUUAAAAUGUAAUCUUUUCAGAAGGCAUGUACUGAUUUCUUCAGAAUCUUGAAAUCAUAUUAAUCUCUGCAGUAGACUCAUGCAGUCAUUUUUGGCAAGAUAUCCAGCAAUCAUAAUCAUCAAGGUAUUGGAAAUUAGGGAAAAAAAUCACAAGUUGUCUAGUUCUUUAAUUGAUUUUCAGUUGUGCAGAACCCAUGCUGUUUUGAAAAUUCAAACCAGUUCUCAGAUAGUAAAAAUCUGCCUCUAGCAUUAUAUGUUAGAAAACCCCAUUUCAGGCAAGAGGGUAUGAAGCUCUGAUGGUGUUUCCUGUCUGAGGAAAAUUUAACUAUUCUUUAUUUAUAGAAGAAAAACCUCUUUAAAAGUGCUUAUCCUUUCAUUGAUCACUAAUAUCCUUAAAAAGUGCUGUCUGUGUAAAUUGCAAAGUGCAACUGGUUUCAGUAGGUAGCAAGCAUGCUGUUAAUAGCUUUUUUAAUUCCUCUGGUUUCUCCCACAACUGCUGUAUGGAUCUUCACAAGUCUGAACUGAUACUAUCAGGACCAGUGAAAGACUUAUAAAUUCAGCAUCAGUCCUUACUGAAAUAUGUUUGGAAAUGAGGAAGUACAAAGUUAGUGAAAGAUUAGAGUUGUUGGAUUUUUAAAUUUUCUGUAAAACUAUUAAAACAUCAGUUCUGCUUGGUUCCAUGGUUCAAAUGUGAAUCAAAACAUGGUGAACCAGAAUGAUUUCUUCGCAGUAAUUUUCUGUGUUAAGCUGAACGAUUCCUUCCGAGGUCAGGGGUUUUAUUUUAAUCAAGAGGAAACUAAACUCUCUUCUUCCAGUCCUCCCUUCUUGGGAGUUUAGUAGAUGGAUCUGUAGUUCAGUAAGAGUUCUAAUCUUUUCUAGAAGACUUUUUAGUAUCCUUAGCUUUAAGGUAAAAGUAUGUGGCUGAAAAGUUCUUGAAGGUAGCUGUAGCUGUCAGUUUUACUGUGGGCCAUAUAACUAACAUUGUUUACUGCUUCCAGUAACACCAAAUUUUCAGGGAGAGCAGGUUUAUUUACAGUGCCUAACAUAGUGUAAAUUUUAGAAAAUUAUAUAUUUUUAUAAUAUUUUAGUAUAUGUAGCCUGCCUGAAAGAUUCAAUGCUUGAAUUUCUAAGUAUAUGGCUUUUUCAGGAAGCCGAAUUUUUAAAUCUCUCUCAUGUCCUUUUAUUCUAUAAUGCAUGUAUUAACAAAUAUUUCACUGGCAACAGUUGAUCAACAGUAAGAUCUUAGUGUCUGUUAUCCAGACAUCCUUAUAGCUUGUAAUCUAUGAAGCACUUCAGACAGUGCUGUACUUCUCAUGUGUACUUCAGCUUUCAUAGUUCUCUUUCUGGCCAGUGACUGAGACACAACAGGAAAAGGAAGCUUGUCUAAGGAUGGCUGAUUUCCUUACAGUAACAGAGAACAGUCUGCUAUUAACUCAUCUGAAAACCUAAAGUCAAAUGGCUAGAAGUACACUGUGAUUUUUUUUUUAACUUUGAUAUACAACAAGAAAACAAUAACAGUAGAUCACUGAGGGGAGAGCAAGAGGCAUUUCUUCUGUAAAGCCCUGAAUUUGAGGUCUGUUUUACUUAUUUGUUUAACGCAUUGGGAGUAGCCAAAAAUGUGCAAUCGUACUGCUGCUUCGCAAGUGGCAAAGCAGUGUCCAGCAACCUUUGCUUUAAAUUCUGGUGCUUGAAACUUUACACCACCUCAUCAACCAACUUAGUCAGUUAAUGUUUUGUGUAAAUAAUCUGAUGUAUGUAAAAUUGGAGAAGGAUACUUCCUGUUUGUAACUUUUUAUUCAUAAAACAUUGCAUUGAAAACUGCGACCAGGGAGUGUGUUUCCCUUUGCCACUUUCUGACACAAAAAGCUCCUGAUGCUGGGAAGGAAUUUCAGCAGUUUGGUGAAAAUCAUGUCAGUGUCAAGGAUGUCUGUGGAGUUCAUGCACCAAAAUUAGCUGCUGACAAGAGCCAGCAUUUUGGAUUAGGAUUCCAGGGUCUGCAAAUCUUGCCAAGUUGCCUGAAGACAAAUGAGUACUUGGUUGUUUUUUUUUUUAAGUACUGUUUGUGUGCAAAACAAUUUAAUUGAAUUGUUGUCUUUCCACAGUUUGUUCUUAGCGGCUUUGGCCAUAUUAACACCAGCUUUGUAUCAGUGCUUCAGUUAUUUGGAGCUGAAUUGAAGAGAGAAGUACAGCCUAUUUGAGGAUCUUUAAAUUCAUGAAGUGAUUUUUCUUUUUUACACUGUGGAUAAACUUCUCUGUGCUUAUUCAGUGUCAUUUUUAAAAUCCCUGGGCUGUGUGCUGGUUUGCCCCUAGACAUUUUGAAGUGUACCCCCAUUGAUGGAACACAUGGCUAGGGUAAUGUCAAACUUAAAAUGGGAACGUUUUCUGCUUAAUUUUAUUUAGCAUCUCUUUUGUGGACCUGCAGGGACUUCAUGGCUAAAGAUUUAGGUUAUGGUUUAAAAAAGUCUUGUCAGCAGAAGCGGCUGGGUGUGAGCCUGCCUCUAAAGCCUCCAAGGAGAAGUAAUUCAGUGACCUCACAGAGGUUUGAUAAAUUGUUGAGAUUUCAGUGGUUGCAUGUGGAACAACUUCACGAACACUACAAUGGAAACAAGAUUUUUAAUGAAGAUGUCAGAUAGGAGCUCAGACUUGAAUAACUACACUGAGAGAAGGAAACAUGAACGUGAUCACUUUUAUUUCUCUGAAAUGAGCACAAUUUAUUUCCGUUAAGCGAAGUAUUUGUCAGUAUGUUUGACAGUGCAACUACCCUUUUGUUGCUAUCAAUGUUACUGCAUUUGGACACAGUUUCCCUGUACGUGAAGAGGAAGGUCAAUGUAAGCACUGAAAAAAGUGCAGUGACCAAAGGACCUUCGGUCGCCUCCUGAAAAUCCGAAUGUUUCUUCCAAGAGGUCUCCAGUUUUGGUGACCUCAUACAGUGCCAUGUGCAUAGACCUGUACUUCAGUCCACUGAGGUUGAUGUGGCGAUUGACUGAUGUGUAGAAUUGCCUUGGUUUUUGUCUCCUCAUUCCACCCUUCCCUCUUCCUUCCCCUUACUGCCUAUGGGUUAUCAUGCAGCUUGAGCAUUGUUCAGCCAUCGGAAGAGGAGGUUCUGUCUUCUCUUCUGAGGUGGCUUUUCUGAGUGACUUUCAGUAUAUUUUUUUCUUAAGCCUUAAAUUUUAUUAAAUAAAACUUGAUGUUUUCUACUCCUGGAGUUUGAUUUCUAAAAUCUGUUGCUUUCAUUUACUAGUAUUUCGCUCUCUAAGGGUUAGGCUGGCUACCAAGACUGCAGUUUUUGGAUAACUCAGAAGUGGUAAAGAUCCAGUGGUGUUCAUUUGUAUAUUUUGCUGAAACUAAUACCUGAUUAUUUUUUUUUUUUGUUAGCAGUCUGGGCUGCUGAAUAAUAAAUAACACUGAUGAUUUUUUCUCCAUUGCUAAUGGAAAGCCACAAACUAGCGAAGAGCUGCAGAAGGGUUUAGAGAAACUAUUAAAUCUCCUGACAUCCAGAAAGUUAAAUCUGCUGUUUUUCUUUUCUCCUGUGUGGUCAAAACCUGCUUCUGUUACUCACCGAGUGACUUGUCUGGGGUGGUUUUAUGAAAUUCUCUUUCUUAAGAGUAUUCCUGAGAGUGAUGUUUGGUGAUGAGUGUAGUAGGCCAAGUAGUGUUACUAAGUUUUGCAGGUGGGAAGACUUUUGCAGGAACAAAGUUGAAAUGUUUGUUUGCAGACAGUUUGUUGCAGCCAGUUGUACUCAAAUUGUUUGAAAAUUGUUGGGCGUUGUUGACUUUGAAAUAUACCCUGUUUUGUAACAGUCUUCUGAAGAUCAGUACUUGUUUAUUUUUUUCACAAUAACUUUUCUGCUGGCUAAAAAAAAAGGUUGUUUUUCCUCAGCAUUUUACCACUGCAGGGGUUUGGACAUUGUAACUCUGCAACAUUCCAUUGCUUCAAAAAGUUCCCAUAAGAACAAGUUGUGUAAUAGAAUCUGUUAGCUUUUCAUCUAAUCACCAGUUUUAAAUAUGAAAGGUUUCUGUAGAAAUGUUUAGACACAUUUGCUUUACUACAGUUUUUUGUUAUCUGAAGUUAAACCCAGGUCCUCUUACUGGUGAUGAUGGAAUGCCAGCUGCCUCCAAAUCUUCACCCAUUCCCACUUGCAAUUUCUGAUUAGCUUUAAUUUUAUGUCUUGUGUAAGCACUGUAUGUUCACUGACUGCAGUUUCUUGUAACCUUUGCUUCUGCUGAGUCUCAUUCCAGGUUCCAACAUGUUACAAUACAGCUCUGAACUUAGGACAACACUGCAGCCUCAAUUAUUUAGGAAAAUAGCUUGUGACAGUAGCAGGGUAAAAUUUUAGAGAGGAGCUUUAAAAUUGGAAAA